GUCCUCAGCUCUGCUUCUCCCCUCUUGUGCAGGACUCCAGAGAUUUUGUCAUUCCUUUUGUUCUGCUUGUGGUGCAGGAGACUGCAGUGGAAAUGCAGCUGCCUUUGCCCAAGUGGGCUGCUGGAAAAGGUAGUUUGCUGGCGGGUGUGCGCUAGGCUGGUAAUUCAGCCCCCAGCUGGCAGCACAGCCCUGGCGCGCUCCACAAGCACUUCACUGCUGAGCUCAACUGCUCCCCAAGCCCUGCUGCUGAGCAUAGUUUUUGUGUGAGUGCAGUCUGUCGCCGAGCUGGUCCCGCUAUGUGUGUGCUACCUCGGUGUGGGAGGAGCAGUCGAGUGCCCCAAACUCACAGCUGAGGGCGGAAGCUCUUUGGGGUUUGCUGUUGAUGCUUGAGGCUUUCAUAGAGCUGCAGCAUCUGAGCGGGUGUUCACUGUUGGAGUGAUGCAGGCGUACAAAGGCAGAGCUGGGUCUUCCCCCAGGGCUCAGUCUGGGACAACCCUGGCAGGGUUUGGCUGCCGAAUGGAGGAUCACGCCAAGCAUGUCCAGCCCAUGCCGCUCCCAGCUACGCAGCAGAACUUGAACUACAGGUACCCCCAGAUCUUUUGGGUGGAUGGCUGUGCCAACACAAGUUCUUCCUGCUCCUCAGCAUCCCCAAUUGCUCCUUUCCCACCACCUGUACCUGACCGGAGGAAAAAGCCAAGGAACAAAACGGAAAGGAGGAGCACUGGUUUCCUGGUGAUGUCCUUGCUCAUCCUGCUGGCCCUCACUGGAGUGGGGCUGAGCAUGUUUCAGAUUUUCCACCUGGAAAAGGAACUGGCUGAACUCAGAGAGUCUGCCAGUACCGAACAUAUUCCUCCAGCUCUGGAGAAACUCAUAGGGCAGAAGGAGGAGGCAAUGAAAAAGGAACCAAGGAAGGCAGCACACUUAACCGGGAACCCAGCACAGCAGGACCUCCCUCUGGAGUGGGAACCCAUCUCUGGCCAUGCUUUCACCAGUGGCAUUCAGUAUCGCGAUCAGGGACUUGUCAUCAAUGAGACUGGCCUGUACUUUGUAUACUCCAAUGUGCUCUUCCGGGGCAGCGUCUGCAGCAACCAGGUGCUGACCCACAUCGUCUACAAGAAAAACCCAUCCUUGCCAAGCAGCCAUGUGCUGAUGGAGGACAAAAGCAUCAACUACUGUACAGGUCAGAAAAUAUGGGCCAGGAAAAGCUAUCUGGGUGCUUUGUUCAAUCUCAGGAAUAUGGACAGUUUGCACGUCAAUGUCUCCAAAAUUGCUCUGGUUAAUUUUGAGGAAUCCAAGACAUUCUUUGGCUUAUUUAAGCUUUAAAUGGGACUGUUGGAGUGUGGCUGGAAGGCCCCCCCGCACUAGGAUGCGUGAGGGGUGAGUGCUGCCUGAUUCACAGCAGCCAAGACAGGGUCUCAUACCACAAAGACCAUCAAGAAACAAUGUUUUGGCCUUCACUGUGAAGAGGGCUCAAGCAACUGGUAAAGGCUCAAAAGUGGACCUCUGGAGAGCACUGGAGCUGUACUGUGUCAACCUGAAGAGAAUCACACAUUUUUUCCCUCCAAAAAAACCCAGUAAACUCCAAAAUGUAAUGUGCUGAAGACCCCACUGAAACUCACUACUUGCUACCUGAGAAGAUGUUGGUGCCAGUGGCCCCACAUGGUGUCAUAGGCCUGGUGAGCUUGGGCCAGCAGAUGUGCGGAGACAGCUGGUGGGCACUGAGGAGGUCCUUGAGCCAAAGCUCUGAGUGCCUGGGCCGUGCUGUGUCAUACUGUGGGUGGUGAUGUGGGAAUAACUACUGUAGAGGCUUCAACUGCCCGCCCAAAGCCAUGGCUGACCAACUUGCUGGGGCAUUCAGCCCUGUGACUGCUGUACGACAGGCACCUGUCUGUUAUCACACGGAAUGAGCCAGCUGUGUUGUUUUCGUGUUAAGUUAUUGACCAUUCCCAUCCUGGAAAAUGUCCCCCAACCCCUUUAUUUAACACAUCCUGACUGCCUUGCAAGGAGCGUGCCAGAAGCAGCAGUGCUAUGAGUGGGGUCCCAACUCUGGAGAGAAACGACAGCCACACUGUGAUGGUGGCGCUGGAGGGGAGGCCACGUGCUUUGCUGACAGGGCCUGAACAACACAGCAGUGGAGGGCACUGGGGCCCAAGAUAAAAGCUGCACCUCCAACCCUCUUUGCACCAUUUUGACACAUCAGUGUCCUCCAUGGAGAUCUGGUCCUGCCACCUCAUUCAAGGUGCAGGUGGACUGUGCUGGCCAACAUCAAAGGCAUGGCUGUGGCUGGUCCCCUUGU